UCGCAAUUUCUUCUGAGAUGGUAAAGUGGAAUGGAUAUUCUAAGAAUCCGGAAGAGCGUACUGUGAAUGGGUAUCAAUUUCGAGGCCGUUACAUCUCUCUAAGCAUCGAUGACGUUGGGAGGAUCAAGGUGCAGAAGCAUGGCACAUCGCGAUCGCGUCAAUGGCUUUUGCCUAGGGUGCCCACAAGGCUACCAAUCUCCACCAUAUGUCACCGUGCUGUGUGCAUAGCAGGGAUAUGCUAUUCCUCUUAACAAGGCAGAAGCCCCUCGUCGUGUAGCCUAAGGACCUCGCGGGCAUCUCAUCGCUGAGGAAGUCCUUACUCAUUGCGACCAUGCGAGGGUUUCUCGCGACUCUGCUUCUGGCAGCGGGCGUGCCACUAUGUUCAGCCUUGUCGCCUUUGUCAGUUCGGGGAGCCAGCCUGGUAAACAAAGACGUAAGACCAAUUCAGAUCAACGGGUUAUGGUACUUCACUUCGAAUUCGACAACAGACGUUUACGCUAUGGACUCCCUGAGGAACGAGGAAGACUGUCGUCGCGAUGCUGCUUUGAUGUCCAGACUGGGCAUCAACACAAUUGGUGUGACGGAUCUGAAUCCGGAGGUUGAUCAUGAUAUGUGUUUCUCGAUAUUCAACUCUGUUGGUAUCUACGUCGUCGUCAUGCUCAGGUCUAUGUUCCUGCUCAGUGGCGAGCCAGACUUGAACUACGAAUACAAGGAAGAGAACAUGCGCAAAUCUCUCGAGAUCAUCGACGCAAUCAAGGACUACGAAAACCUUCUGGGAAUAGAAAUCGGUUCGUUCCCUUACCCACGGAAUUUCCGGCAGAAUCCAGGGAUUUACGCAGACGCGCAGAAGAUGGUUAGGUCCCUCGUGAGAGAUACAAAGCAAUAUGUGGCGCUCCAUGCGACGCGUAAAAUUCCAGUUGGGAUAUCUUUCAGCGCAGCAUACGGGGAUUACCUUGCGAUAUCCCACAUGCAAUAUGCCACGUGUAACAUAGCCAACGAGGAGGACAAUAUGUCUAGUGUAGACUUUUUUUCCUUCGUAUCGAUCGAUUUUGCCAAUAAAAAUGCUACCGGAUACCGCGAGGAUCAAUUCACACAAUUGCGUCGCAACAUAGGCAAAGCAAACAUAACAGUCCCGAUAUACUUGGGGCAAUACGGUCUAGUGAAUGAAAAUCAAACGGUUACAAACGAGACCUUACAAGAGACUCCAUACCUGUAUGACUAUAAUAAUCUAAUGCUCCAACCGGCUGGACCAUUGUCGGGAGGGGUCCGAUGGGAAUGGACGAACGUUAAAUACUCCGACCCAACGGCGAAUUGGGGAUUGGUGAACACGGAUCCAGACGGCAACGUACUCUUAACGGAGAGAUUCGACAUACUCCAAGCAUACUUCGACUCUCAGAAUACCGAUGGUUGGACAGGUAUGAACUUUGUUGUGCCUGAGGGGGCUCCCCGGCCCGAAUGUAAGGGGGACAUGUUCGUCAACACUACGAUAACAGAUUCUCUCGGAAGUGAAGCAACGUACACAGCCGCUACUGACUGGGAAUUGCCAACGGCACCGCCACAUAUUUCCUCGAUGAUUAGCAAUGGAGUAAACGGCACCAGAGGUCAGAUGGUUGAUGUUGUUGUCACGACACUCGUACACACGAUCCGAGAUAGCAAAGGAGAAAUUAUUACAAACGUGGAACUGAAGCCAUCUAGCAGUCAAAGCCGCACGACAACUGCCCGCGGUGCUGGCAACACCAGUCCACCACCACCUAGCAACAGCGGCUCGAACGGACUCAGUACUGGUGCCAAAGCGGGUAUUGGGGUGGGUGUCUCAGUGGGGGUAUUAGCUAUUGCAGGCGCCUUGUUGUUCUUCUUAUGGAGACGAAAGCAGAAGAAGAAGUCCUCGGUCACACCAACAGAUGGAGAGAAGAAUGAUCCAACUAUCAAUGGAUCCGAUCCCAACAAUACUUAUGCAUACAAGAGGGUAUCGGAGUUGCCAUCCGAAGGGACUGCCGCGACAUCAGAAUUACCUGGUUCGGUCGGCAACAGGACAUCUGAGCUACCAGCUCCAUUAGCGACGAACGGGGAACAACCAGUCCCGAUAGCGAGGAAUGAAGGGCAGCCAGCUGAGUUGCCGACCGUCGAGGCGAUGCCAGCAAUGGAUAGUAGCUUCUUGAACAGGCCAGCAGGAUCACCAAGGGCGAACUGACGAAGGAACUAUCUGUAGUGUUCUUUCAUGUCUGAUAUUCCAUCUUCAUGUUUGCCGUCCGCGGGGAAGGGGGGAAAUCACCAGUCACUGUUUGUAUUUAAAUCUCGCUGGAGGCACAUUUUACGAUACCAUUUAUGCGAAGAGAUCAAGAAGAGGUAGGAGUGAUAUAGGUCAAUGUUAAUUUAUAUUGCACUUGA